UCUAUGAUGGACGCUGUUUAAGUGUUUAAGCCUGUUAGUGAAUUUGUUGUACUCUUUGGAGUUUGGAAGUGUGCAGGAGAGGUUCUCGAUUCAGCGCUGAUCAAUUUUUAUUGAUUAUCUCGAUCGAGAACAAAUUAUAAUCAUGUCGUACGUCAAAGAUCCGGAAAAACCAGCAACAGAGUCCCAGACCAUCCAUCGUAUCAGGAUCACUCUGACAUCGCGCACAGUAAGGAGCUUGGAGAAAGUUUGCGCCGACUUGAUCAAUGGGGCCAAGAGUAAGAACCUGCGUGUGAAGGGACCGGUCCGCAUGCCCACCAAAAUCCUGCGAAUCACCACUCGCAAGACGCCCUGCGGCGAAGGUUCCAAGACUUGGGACCGCUUCCAAAUGCGCAUCCACAAGAGAGUGAUCGAUCUCCACAGUCCGUCGGAGAUCGUCAAGCAAAUUACCUCAAUCAGCAUUGAACCUGGUGUGGAAGUUGAAGUGACAAUUGCAGAUGUGUAAUGCAAAAAUGUUUUUUGUACACAAAAUAAAAUAAAAAUUUUAUUGAAGAUAA